AUGGAUCCUAAAGAUGCCCCAAAAACGGGAUUUACUAUAAGUACUAAUUCGAGCAUGUCUGGUCACUACGAAUUCACUAGAAUGCCCUUUGGUUUAAAAAACGCUCCUUCUACCUUCCAGCGCCUGAUGAAUACUGUCUUAUCAGGUUUGCAAGGUCUACGCUGUUAUGUUUAUCUAGAUGAUUGCAUAAUUUAUAGUCAUGAUUUAAAUGAACAUAUGGAAAAAUUAAAACUAGUAUUCAAUAAGCUGCGCGAAUACAAUCUAAAAUUGCAACCAGAUAAGUGCGAAUUUUUAAGACGUGAAGUAACUUAUCUUGGUCAUAUUAUCACCGAUAAGGGUGUCUCUCCUAAUCCAGAAAAAGUAAAAGCAGUGUCACAAUUUCCAAUUCCUAAGAGCCCUAAAGAAAUUAAAUCCUUCCUAGGCCUAAUAGGCUAUUAUCGCCGAUUUAUUGACAAUUUUUCUAAAUUGACAAAACCACUUACUUCUUUAUUAAAAAGGGAUACUACUUUCCACUGGUCUCAAGAACAACAAAUUGCUUUCGAUGUUUUAAAAGAAAAAUUAAUCACUGCUCCGCUGCUCCAAUAUCCAGACUUCUCUCAACCGUUCAUAGUAACUACAGAUGCAAGUAAUUAUGCCGUAGGUGCAAUCUUAUCCCAAGGUCCUGUAGGCAAAGAUAAACCGAUAGCUUAUGCAUCACGUACUCUAAACCGUCCCGAAGGCAAUUAUUUAACUACCGAAAAGGAACUUCUAGCCAUUCUAUUCGCAGUCAAAACGUUUCGUCCUUACCUCUACGGUAAUAAAUUCAAAAUAGUUACCGAUCAUAGACCAUUGGUAUGGCUAUUCAAUGUCAAAGACCCAGGUAGUAGACUCAUUCGUUGGCGCUUAAAACUCGAAGAAUACGAUUACGAAAUUGUUUAUAAACAAGCCCGUCUUAAUUCUAACGCCGAUGCGUUAUCUCGCUGUCCCGUUAAUGUUAUAGAUAUUAACACUUUAAAUAAUUCUAGUUAUGAAAAGUAUUUUAAGGACCAAUUUACAAAUAAAACUCCUAUUUCAAAUACAAUAAUCUUAGAAUGUACUCAAGGAUUACACCUAUCCAAACUAAAAACUAUUGCGUGUCCCGUCUCUUUAGAUUUUGACUCAUCUAUACCUCAAUGUGAAGAAAUAUUAGCACAAUUAGACAAGCCUGAGGACUUAUUAAAUUCCGAACGCGAACCAUUUACAAUUCAAUGCGUAAAGGAUAAGAAUAAAUCUUACUAUUUUAUGUACUCAUCAUUAUGA